CAGCAGGAAGAGAGCUCGCGCGUCGUGAGAUCUGACAAGUUCGGACACACACCGACUCUACACGCCAACAGCAGACUAACCCUCCAGACUACCAAAAUACUGCGCCUGCUGUUUUUUGGUAGCCGUCUUUGGAGUUGCAGCGAAACAAGCACAAAUCUGCGGACGUUGCUGCCGCAUUUGAGGAAGCGUCACUCACGCCGUAUUUACUGGAAAUACAGCGCAGAGGGCAUCUGUGCGAGGAUGGCUGCGUACAAGCUGGUCCUGAUCCGCCAUGGGGAGAGCUGCUGGAACCAGGAGAACCGCUUCUGCGGCUGGUUCGACGCGGACCUGAGUGAGACCGGGGAGCAUGAGGCGAAGAGAGGAGGACAGGCCUUGAAAGACGCUGGUUAUGAGUUCGAUAUUUGCUACACCUCCGUCCUAAAGAGGGCCGUCCGCACCCUGUGGUUUGUUCUGGACAGCAUCGACCAGAUGUGGCUGCCCGUCCACCGGACCUGGCGCCUCAACGAGCGCCACUACGGUGGCCUGACUGGGCUGAACAAGGCUGAAACGGCAGCUAAACACGGAGACGCCCAGGUCAAGAUCUGGAGGCGCUCUUUUGACACUCCUCCCCCAUCCAUGGACGAGGAGCACGACUUCUAUCAGAGCAUCAGCAAGGACCGGCGUUACGCCGACCUGACAGAGGACCAGCUUCCCAGCUGCGAGAGCCUCAAGGACACCAUCGCCAGGGCUCUGCCCUUCUGGAACGAAGAGAUCGUUCCACAGAUCAAAGAGGGAAAGAGGGUGCUGAUUGCUGCCCAUGGAAACAGUCUCCGGGGCAUCGUCAAGCAUCUCGAGGGUAUGUCAGAGGAGGCCAUCAUGGAGCUGAACCUGCCCACCGGUAUCCCCAUUGUGUACGAGCUGGACAAGAACCUGAAGCCUUUAGGACCCAUGCAGUUCCUGGGAGAUGAGGAGACCGUCAAGAAGGCCAUGGAAGCUGUGGCUGCUCAGGGCAAAGCCAAGAAAUAGACCCCCCCCCCCCCUCCUCCUGGAUGAGUUAUGAGAUAGACUACAGAUAUCAAUCAUGUGCUGUUUAGUUAUUACAAGGUCAUUUACUGUUACUGUCAUCACACAGACAAACAAUGUGCACUUUAUUUUUAAAAUACCCAGCUUUUGCACAGUUUGAUUAGUCUUUACUUUGUGACAUACUGAAACAUGCAUGUCAUUAUUCCACGAUAGAUAUCACCAAUAAUAUGAUUUAAACACUGACCAAAAUGCAACAUUUGGGACCAGCAAAUGGGAGCAAAUAUAGACAAACUCUGCAGAGUCAUCCCAUGUACUCCUUCCUAUUUUCCUAUCCAUGUAGGUGAGGCUCAGAGGGAACAGUAUAACCUAUAAAGAAACACUGGCUGUUGUCAAAAGGACAUGUUGCUCUGCACUGCUGAUUAUUGUUUGCUGUGGCAUUGUGAGAAAAAUAAUAAAUGUUGUGAGCCAUUA